UGUGCGCUUUAUUCUUGUGCUUUCUUCUUUCCCCAGCAGGAUACAGUCUCUUGCUGCAAUCCUCUCUGUUUCCUGGAUGUUUUGAAACAAACAGCGCAUUGUGCAACUUCCCAUUUUUCUCUUUUUUUUGUUUUUGUUAACUGUAAUAGAGUUUCCUCCAGUGUGACCAGCCAUUAUAACAGUGCAAAGAAUACUGAAUACAGUCCUGAAAAAUGAGAUCAUCAUUGCAGGUGGGAUGGAGAAAGUGUCUAGCUGGAUGAUGUUCUGCUGUUUGCCCUGGAUUUUACUAUUAGCUGCCGCACCAAUAACAGGUGCAGGCUCUAUAUUUCCUCGAGUGAAGUUUGUUCUCAGAGGAUCUAAUGUCACCUUCUACUGUCGGCUGAACACCGCGGGUCUGAUACAAAACGUCCAUUGGAGUUUCGGAACAGACGUGGCCCUACAACCGGUCUAUGACAUUGUAAAUGACACGGUCAGUAAGGUCACCCUACCCAACCUGACGGCAGUCACCAUGAGUGUCACGUGCUCCAUCCGUACACCCAGCCUGCAGCAUCUGGAUAAAAUACACCUUACAACUGGAUAUCUUCCGGAAAUGCCCGAAAACGUUUCCUGUAUUUAUUUCCACAAACGAAACGUCACGUGCAGCUGGAACCCAGGAAAUGACCCCCAAAUCCCUACAACCUUUCACCUGACUGUGCUCAAUGAUGGCGGAAAGAAAUGCUCGACAGCCGCCAACUCCUGCUCCUUCCCCGUCGGCCGGGAAGACUUCGGAAGGGAAUAUAUUGCGCAAUUGUUGGUAGAAAAUGCACUGGGCAGCGCAGCAAGACGAUUCACAGUGAACACAGCAAAGAUAGUGAAAAUGGAUCCUCCUGAGAUUCUGUUCUUAAAACCACUUCCAGUUAAAGACCCAGCUUUCUUAAUGUCAUGGAGAAGACCGACGCUAGCACCUGAUGAACUAAAUGUGAAAUGUAGCCUACGCUAUAGGCAGCUACAGCAGGAUGGUCAGUGGCAGGACUAUACCCAUGACCUUAACAUGUGGAAAGACAAGGAAAUGAGCUACAAUCUCAGCGGACUCCAUGCCUACACAGAAUACGCAGUUUCCCUAAGGUGCAUUGGGAGCAGUGGUCAGAUAUGGUGGAGUGAGUGGAGUGCGGAGCUCACAGGAAGGACGGCAGAACAAGCUCCGACUCACAGUGUGGAACUCUGGAGAGUGAUCGACUCCACGGAGAAAAAACGUCUUUUAUUCCUGAUGUGGAAGGAGAGAUCCGGUAUACGUCCAGCUGGGAUUACACAGGGCUAUGACGUGCAAUGGUUUUCCGAGGACGAAUCCUUUGACUCCGGGAAUAUUACCACAACUAACCGUGAAAUGAUGUUACAUAUAUCGGAGGAGGCUUAUAUUGUAUCUGUGGUGUAUUUCAACUCUGCAGGGCGCUCUCCGAAGGCCGUGUUAAGGAUCCCGGCCACCAGGGAGAAGGCUCGGGAAGUGAUCUCCACUGUCCAGGUAGCCGCAGCUGAAGGCGAAAGCGCAAUUUUGACCUGGACGGUUACUGAUUUGCGCUACCGAAGAUUUGUGCUAGACUGGUACCUCGAUUCUGGAGUCGGCUUCUGUAAUAUAUCUUUUCAGUAUGUGGAGAAUUCCUCAACGUGGACGAUUGAGAAAGGAACCCUGGAACCAUAUAAACGUUACAAGAUUUCAGUGUACCCAAUACUAGAGAACAGUACGGAGGCUCCCGCUACCACAUACUUCUAUAUCAGAGAAAAAGCUCCUCUUUGUGGUCCUACUGCUAAAGUAGUGGAACUGAAAAAGACUGAGGUGACAAUAAGAUGGAAUCCACUCAGGCCGAAUGAAACGAACGGCUUUAUCACCGCCUAUAGUAUCUUCUAUACACCCGUACAUGGAUCUGAAUCUGUGGUUACGGUGAACAGUGACGUCUAUGAAUGUUCUCUGCGCUCGCUGAUGCCGAACACUCUCUACAGCGCCUACGUUGUAGCGUUCAACAGAGCUGGGAAUGGAAGCGGAGACCACAUUCAGUUCCACACCCUGUCAGACAGCAGCGAAUAUAUCGGAGCGCUGGCUGGAACAUUGGGGACGUGUUUGCUGCUGCUGUUGGUGCUUGGAAUUACAUAUAAAUACAAGAAAGAAAAGAUCAAAAACCUGUUAUGGCCCAAGGUACCUGACCCAUCCUACAGCAGCAUCUGUGACUGGCCCUCAGACUGGCUGCAGACUCUCCAACUUCUGGAUCCAGUGUGGACAGAUGGGGCGCUUCACUCCGGAAACCUCCAGAUUCUCCAUGCUGUGUAUGUAAAUGAUAGAAGGGACAGGGAGCUUCUACUUCUGGACUCGUGGAGCAGCACCCAGGACAAGGUGUCCCUGGACGAGUCCUCCAUAGUGAUGCAUUAUGCAGCCACAGAGAAGCAGCCGGAGCCUUGUUUGUUGCUUCUCGAUUCAGCGGCAGAGACCUGCAGCUACUCCCGAACUGCAGCAGAGAGUAGUACGCCACUGGAUCUGGUCUAUAGAGAAGAUUCUGCCACAUUUAACCCUUACUUGAAAAAUUCUGUACAGACCAGAGAAAUGUUACACAUGACACAUGAGGGCACUAACAGGUAGAACACAACACAGAAACACUGUAAAAGGUAUAAUGAUGUGCAUUGGGAAGACCCACAAAGCCUGCCCCCCUAAGAGUAAAAUGUUACCAAAAUUAAAAGGGUUAAACAUCGCUGAUUUCUUCCUAAAACAGCACCACUCCUGUCCUCAAGCUUGUGUGGGAUAUUACAGCUGAGGACAAUUGUGUUGCUGUUUUUGGAAGAAAUCAGCUGAUUUUUUCUUUUUUUUUUGGAAGUUUGAAAUGACUCUGCUUAUUCAGUCAAAGUCUAUACUGCAAAGGUUAUCUCAUGAUAAGCAGCAGGGUAAGUUACUGACUGCUCUAUCGGUGGCCAAGAGCAGACAGGACAGUAAAACUCUUAACAGAAUUAUGCUCUAUACAGCUUCCCUGUCACACUAUAUAGGUCAUCACUUCUUGAGGAUUAUAUUGGCUUAAAGGGGUACUCCGCCCCCAGACAUCUUAUCCCCUAUGCAAAGGAUCAUGGGGUGGUUUGCCACUGGGGACCCCCGUGAUCUCCCUGCUGCACCUGGUGUUCAUUUAGAGCGUCGGGUGCAGCUCCAGAAGCUUGUGACUUCACGGCCACGUUCUCUCAAUGUAAGUCUAUGGGUGACGUCACGAGCCUCCGCCCCGCAUCGCCAGUCAUCCGGAACGGAGUGAAGUUCGCUCUGUGCACCUGAUGUCUGGGGUGCCGCAGCCGAGAUCGCGGGGGUCCCCAGCGGCGGGACCCUUGCUAUCAGACAUUUUAUCCCUUAUCCUUUGGAUAAGAUGUCUAGGGGCGGAGUACCCCUUUAAAGAUACUUUUUCUGUUUACCUCCCAUUUUUGCAGCUACCAUGUAGUGUAUGAUAUAUAGUUCUACUCCAGCUGUUGUGAAACGACAACUCCCAGAGGCCAUGUAGUUUUCCUGACUGCUACAGUCCUUUCAGGCUUCAUAAGUUACAGUAAACAGAUUCCUCCAUCAUAUUUCUGUAAAUAUUCUAUUAUAUCUUUUUAUGUGACAAACACUGAAGAAAUGACUCUGCUACAAUGUACAAAGUAGUGAGUGCACCGUCUGCGCAAGGCUAGGUUCACACGUUUUUACAGUUCCCGUAUCAGGUUUUUUAUUAAAAAAAACGGAUUCCUCAAAACCUGACUAAACUGUAUCAAAACGUGUGUGCAAAUUUUUAUCUGUAUGCGGUUUGAAAAAUGAUGUCUGGUGGCAUCAGUUUUUUAAGAAAAAAACAUAUACGUUUUUAACUUUUCACUCCAUUAUGAAUAAAGUUUCACUUGUCUGAUUGAAAUUCCAAGAAAAAAAAAACGGUGCUAAGUCAAAAACCGUAUGGAACCGUACGCACAUACGGUUCUGUACGGUUCCCAUUGACUCCCAUGUUAAAAUACAAAGUAUACAGUUUUUCACCCGGACGAAAAACCGUGGUAGGCCACGGUUUUCUGUCCAGAAAAAAAAAAAAGUAAAAAAACUGUAUGGUUUGAAAAACUGAGGCAACAGUAUACAUUAUGGUGCAUACAGUUUUGAAUGGGAAGUCUAUGGGCUCGGUUUUCUGUACCGUUACAUAUGAGUUUUUCUUUUAUGAAAACCGUAUGUCGAAACCGUAUAACAAAAGCGUGGUGUGAACCCACCCUAACAGUGUUUAAUGUUGUAUCUGCUCAAAAUAACUUUACACACCAAUAGGCUAUAUACAGCUUCCCUGCCACACUAUAGGGAAGAGGGCUACAGUAACCAUUAAUGGCUGUAUGUUUCAUUAUACUGUCCUGCCUGCU